UUGGGGAGGAAUGUGCACCGCGGACGAGCUGCCAUCCCAUGGAGUCCCCAGCAGCGCCUACAGUAUUUUAUGUUCGGUAGAGUCCAGCUGCUGUCUGAACCCGGAGGCUGCAGUGAACUGUCAAGCCCCAGGGCAGUCGGUAUUUUCCGCGCUGGUAAACGGAGACGCGUUCUCAGCAUCCCCCAGUUUUGCUGUCGCCGGUGACCCACAAUGAUGAGAUUACAGGAUGCGGUCAGACUGACACAAAGAAUGACCCGAACUCUGUGCGCACUGUGUAUUUUUCUGUUCCUGUGGGGUUUUCUGUUGGAUACCACUGAGGGAGCUGGGAAGAAGAGGAAUCGUAGCUCCCAAGGGGUAAUCCCAUCCCCAGACAAAGGGCAGCCAAACAAUUCUGAGCAGGCUGGGAACCGGAGUAACGUGGAUGAGGUUUUGGAGUCGAGUCAUGAGGCGCUGCAUGUCACCGAGAGGAAGUACCUGAAACGGGAUUGGUGCAAAACACAGCCCCUCAAGCAGACAAUCCACGAAGAAGGUUGCAACAGCCGCACCAUCAUAAAUAGGUUCUGCUACGGCCAGUGCAACUCCUUUUACAUACCAAGGCAUGUCCGCAAGGAGGAGGGCUCCUUCCAGUCCUGCUCUUUCUGCAAGCCUAAGAGAUUCACCACCAUGACAGUUACACUCAACUGUCCUGACCUGCAGCCAUCAAUUAAGAAGAAAAGAAUCCAGAGAGUUAAACAAUGUCGCUGCAUUUCCAUAGACCUCAACUAAAGCAUCAAUACCACUAUUAACAUAACUCAGCAACCUACCACAUUAUAUUUCAUAGGCAAAAAUACUGGGACACUCACAUUUAUAUAUGUUUGUACCCUCCAUUAUCUUUAUUUGUUCAUGGAACUGGAUUGAAAUCCAAACCCCCAAGUCGAUAAUUUCCACUGUGUGGAAUGUGAAUAGUCAAAAAAGGAUAUGAAUAUUUAAAUAAUUAUUUCAAAGCUUUUGUUCUAAAAGUUAUGGGUAUUUAAUAAUUAAUUUCUAUUUCAUUGCGAGAUUGUAUUCAGCCCAUAAUAUCACAUUGUUGACCAAAAGGGAGGUUAUUCUGGCAUUGUUUACUGUAGAUUAAUUCAAAUCAUUCCACAAUAUUUCUAGCAGCUUGAAGUUAAAAUCUAUAUGAACUGAUGAAAAUAGCGAAUAGUUUAGCUUUGGAAUUUGCAGCACAUCCUCACGUAUGCUUUUCACUGACAUGCAAGUAGGAGUGAGGAGCUAGGGAAUUCAACGUCCACCUUCUCAAACACACUUUACUCCCACUGUUUUGACGAGCAGGAGAUUAGCUGUAUUCUAAAUUCUAUAACCGACCACUGAAUGUGUACAGGAGAUUCAGACUCAAAGUGAAACAAAACAAUUAUUUUGUCAAACCAUUUAGUACUAUUAAAUAUUCAACAUGAUGUUAUUGAAACAUAUUACUUAUCAACAGGCAGCCUUAACAUGCAGAUGUUAACUUCUACAUUCAGACGUAACUCUGAACAGCAGCACUAUGAGGUAGAAUUUAAGCUUCAUAGUCUGUUUGAUAAUGUAUGGUGGAGCUGGUCACACACAGUUUUACUCAACCUGACCAAUUUUCAUUCCAUUUUAAUUAGUGGAGUGAAUAUCAGGCAGGUCCUAUAAAUGGUACAUGGUCCACUCUUGCCUUCUAUUACUAUAUAGGUAGUGAAGCCAGAAAUCAGAUCCUGUGCUUAGUACAAUAUUGCUUAUUUUUCUCCCCUCAAUGUUUAUAUUCUCCCUUUGGAUGUGUGUUAAUUUGACUUUUUUUUGAGAUACUUGAAAUGUGUCCUCAAACAGAACAAAU